AUGGAACCACCGCUCAAGCGACCACGCGCUGAUGGCAUCGAUGGCCACCAACUGAACAAUGCGUCAGAUGCAAACGCGACUCCAACAGCCCUGUCAUCUACGACAAACCCAACCGUAUUGGCCACUGACAUCUCAAACAUGAUAUUUGCGCUCGACAAAGCGACAAUAGACAACGGAGAUGACAUAGAAUUCGGCCGCGACCUUCUCACCAAGGUUGCCGUCAAGGACCCCGUAAUCGCAGCCACAAUCCAAGAAGCCUACGACACCCACCUCAAAGAAGAGAAGAACCGGGUCAAAGAGUUCCAAGACGAUAUUGAUCAGCUUCGCAACUCUGUUCCUCCAACGGACGAGACCACGCCACCCGAAGACAGGUACCUAGGUAUACCUAUGAAAUCUUCCAAAAUCCAAUCGGCGUUUUACACCAGUGUAACUAAGAUCUGCGAUCGGACAUACGAAUACUCGUCGCUCGGCACCAAGAAGAAUGCAUUAGAUGCGCUGAGGAAGCUGCAUGUCUUGCUAACUCAGAUCCCGGACAAAAGAUUACAAGCCGCAGUUGUCGAUCGUAUUAACAUCGAUUACGACAAGAACGUGAUGCGCGCACUCGUAGAUCGCGACCGUAUCUACAUCGAAGAUGGCAGAGCUGUCCCCGGCAUGAAAAACAUCGUAAUCUCCUUGACCCCGGCACAGCGCGAAGAGGUGUGUUAUAUGCCAGUGGAUGGAGAGACAGUUAGACAGGAUGAGUCUGGACGUACCAUAGGGACGUUUCGAGCGAAGUUCAGCGAUAUGAACAGAGAUCUAACCAAGACGGGAUUUCGUGUCUGCUUCGGUCCUGUCAUAUCGUCCUUGUCGGUAAGGCCGGAGGACCCCGAGGACGAGGGUGAUUGCGAUUGCUAG